GGUCCUAUCUUGGUGUAUAAUGCAACAUGCACAGGGUCUGAGUCCUCUCUCAUGCAAUGUGUAAAUCCGAGUCUCGGAAGAGAUCAAUGCAACCAUGGAGAGGAUGCUGGAGUUGUUUGUUCAGAUUCCUCAAUGAAACCUAACCUAACAGUGAAUCUUGUGAAAUCGGGUGAACUGUCUCUUCAGUGCCGGUGGUCCGGUGAAAUGCGACGCAAAGACAUCUUUCUCCUGAAUAAAAAUAAAACGAGAGUGGAUAUGAGACCCAAGGACACAUUUUACAUCAAAACAGAGACAAGCAAUAGCGGGAACUACACGUGCUUUGUCCGCAAAAGAGGACAGUCUUCAAAUACCAGCAACUCUCAACAAAUCACAAUAAUAGCUCCUCCCACUCUGUCUGUGAACAGCUCUGUGUCUGGGAGAGGAGCGGAUGUGACUCUGCAGUGCAGCCUCAGCAGCUCCUAUCAGAGCCCUGGCUCGUUUAUUCUUUACCGGGACCGCGAGGCGGUGCUGGAGCAGGGCGUGCCGGGAGGAGACCAGAGCUGCACCUUCAACCUCACCCGCACCACCACACACGGACAGCAGGGGGAGUACUCGUGCCGCUAUUGCACACAGUCACCGACCGGAUGGGUGUUCACAGAACUAUCUGCACCUGUGAACAUACCUGCACAUGACCUCUCCAGCUCCACUUUCUCCACGAUUUACACUGGAUUCCUUCUCUGUGGUUUGAUUGGAAUGAUCACGGCUGUGCUCGUGACAGAAGUGACGUCAAGGCGUAGAGGGGAUUCUAGCAAAAGCGAUGGUGUGGAUCUCAGUGUGGUUUGCUCAUAAUCCAGCUCGUCGUUUGUUUUGCUUUACCUAACUGUCCCUCAUACUGGCAAACAGCAGCUUUAGUGUUUUAGUUUCAUAAUAAAAAUCUCCCCUAGUAAAAGCACAGCAAAGUGUAUUAAACCAUAAAACGUGGUAAAGCAUAGGGAUGCAUUGUAAAGCACAGAGAGGUCUGGUAAAGCAUAGGGAAGCAUUGUGGAGCACAGAGAGGUCUGGUAAAGCAUAGGGAAGCAUUGUAAAGCACAGAGAGGUCUGGUAAAGCAUAGGGAAGCAUUGUAAAGCACAGAGAGGUGUGGUAAAGCAUAGGGAAGCAUUGUAAAGCACAGAGAGGUGUGGUAAAGCAUAGGGAAGCAUUGUAAAGCACAGAGAGGUCUGGUAAAGCAUAGGGAAGCAUUGUAAAGCACAGAGAGGUGUGGUAAAGCAUA